AUGGUUGGUGAUCAGAUUCUAUGGAAGGUUGCACCCAUGAAGGGUGUGAUGAUAUUUAGGAAGAAGAGCAAGAUAAGCCCGACGUUUAUUGGCCCAUUUGAGAUUCUUCAUCGUGUAGGUGAGGUGGCUUAUGAGUUGGCCUUGCCACCAAGCUUAGAGGGUCUUCACCCGGUUGUCCAUGUUUUUAUGUCGAAGAAGUAUCAUUCUGACUGGUUGUAUAUCAUCCAGUGGGACUCGGUAUUGUUCGAUGAGAAUAUGCCCUUUGAAAAGGAGCCGGUAGCAAUAUUAGAUAGGAAAGUGAGAAAGUUGAGGUCAAAGGAGAUAGCUUCAGUUUAG